AUGGCCACUCUUUCUUGCUCGCUUCCGCCGACCCUCUCCGACGGCCAACUAAUCCUCGACUUCUGUUACCAGAGCAUUAACACUAGUUUCUUGAUGCCAUACCUGGACUCUCUCUGGUUCCACCUUCAGCAAUGGCACAAGCUUUUCGGUUGUGGGAUCCUCUACACUUGCAGAUUUUGCUGCUUUCGCACUGCACAUUCAAGUAAUGCAGUUCCUUCACUUCAGGGCUCGCUUCCUUCAACUUGGCAAGCCUAUUACUAA